CACGAGUGGAAACAGACGCGUAGAAAGUGCGUGCCGACGAGAUGGAGGGCAGAUCGGAGGCUCUUUCCUCGCCAGGGGGACGGAUACUUGCGGUGAUGGGGACGUUUUUUGUGGUUCUCCUUCUCGUUCUCGUGUUGCUUCUGUCUCUCGUUCAUCACUCCAUCACGUAUUUGGGUCCUGCUCGAGACGGGCCGGACGGGGCUCGGUCGUGCUUCGGGAGAUGCGACACGGAGCACGACGGACGCUUCCCCUGUCAGUGCGACGACGGAUGUCUGAUCCGGGGCGAAUGCUGCAUGGACUUCUACUUGAGUUGCGAUGGGUCGUCAGGUUCGACGGUUGCCCGAGAUUUUUUUUCCUUCGUCGUCGGGUGGAUUCGUGAUUCGUACCACUCCUUUUUAGGACCGGUUACGGACGAUGAAUUAAGGGCCUUUGCGGAAUUCCUGCUGGAAAUGGACCAGAACAACGUGGGAAGACUCCUCAAGGUCAACCUUCAAGGUCACAUCAGCGAGACCGGAGAAGACGCAGCACCUGGACCUCUCUUUGCGGGCAAAUUGCCCGACGAGGUCGUCUCCAUCGAGACCGUAUCGAAGAUGAUGGCCCUUUUUAACAACUACAAGCCGAACACGACCGAGCCGGAGAACGAGACAUCGGAAGAAAAGAUGUGGCAAUCGUUCCUCGACUCCGUCAUCUCAACUCCCAUCGUAAAAUCCGCUCAUAAUUUCCUCGUGCAAAAGGGAGCGAUCCAGGACGACGAAGCCGCCUUCGAGGCGCGGCUGAGAGCGAUGUGGUUCGACAUGUACCCGAGGGUCAACGGCACCAGCCCGGGCUCCAGCGGGUUCGAGCACGUCUUCAUGGGGGAACAGAGGACAAACUCCGUGAUCGGGUUCCACGGCUGGCUUUUUUUCUACGCGCAAGAACAGCAGGGACGCAUGGACUAUCUCGGAUACAAGGCCUUCAGGAACCUCACCGACAAGGGCAUCUUGCUGGAAAAUUCCUUCAACUGGGACGGGAAGAAGAAGCCCAUCAGCAGCAUGUUCAUCGGCGCCAGUCCCGAACUGGAGAUGGCCCUCUUCACGGUCUGCUUCGUCGCACGGCCCGGUCUCUCCUGCCCCAUCAGACUCGGCGGGGAAGGACUUCACGUCGAGACGCACGUGAUGGAGUACGCCGGAGAAAGCCACGUGGGAACUGCAUUUUUCAAUAUUUCCGGUUGAUCGUCCUUCGAAAUACACUUAUUUAAAACUCGGUCGUUCGCCGAAUCGCUCGCCAUGUCGAACCUCGAG